AUGGCCAAGUUGAAGGGGAAUGAUGGCGGGGAACGGGGGAAGGGAGGGAUUGUGGUGAAGGAGGAAUUUGCAGUGGCGGGGACAGCCGGGAAGGCCGCAAAGAAGAGGAGAGAGGCUGGGGGCAGCGGGGGGGCAGUGGGCGACGGGCUGGCGCGCAGGCCGCGGCGCCUCUGCGCACUGCUGUGCGCACAGCGGCUAAAGGGGAACAGCGAGCUGGUGGGGCAAGUGGACAUCUUCGCAGAGCCGGACGUGAAGAUAGUGAGGGAGGUGCUGAACAUGUGCGGCGAGGGCAUGGGGGAUCGACGGGUGGUGGUGGUGAAGCGGGAGCCUGGGGAGGAUGGCGCGGACAAGGGAGGGGAUGGCAGGAAGGAGGGCGCAAGGCGGUGGCGAGGGUUCAGGAGCUCAAAGGCUGGGGAGGUUCACUCUCUGCUGGACCCCUGUGCAGUCACUAAACGCCUGGACCCAUACAACCUCGUUGCUUCAGAUGCGGAAGGCCAACAGAGCGAGCAAACCAACGACUCCACUUCCUUGCCACAUGAGCCACCUGUCUCUUCCCCUCUUGACUUGGAGCAACCAGCCAAAGAAAACAGCCGCGAAGCUUUCAAUCAGCCGCCCAAGCAGAAGCCGAAUGUCAUCAGUGCGGCCUGCAACGGUGGCAUCAACCCCAAUGACAGCGACAACGAUGGCUCAGUGCCUGCUGAACCUCUACGGAGUUGCACCACUGGUCUGGAUGCUGGGAAGGGCAUCACGGUUCGACUGCGGCGCAUGCUGGCACAGGAGUCGCUUCCUCAACAGAAAGGCACAGUAGACGAUUCUGUGCAGCGCUUGGACGAUUCUCAAGACCAACACACAUCUAAAGGGUUAGCAACCAAAAGGCAACGAAAGUGCACUGCGCCAUCAUCGCACGUCCUGGCUGAUGGCAACACUGAAGCUGGCGCCAGAAGCCCGCCCACUGCAGCAACUCCAGUAGCCCCUGAUGCCGAGCUGCCUUUGGUGCUGCCUUCAGCAGCAAGGGGCACAAGGCCAUGUGUCAGCUUCGCAUCAACAGGCCGCCCCUGCUAG